AUGGGCGUGGCCGUUCACUGCGGUACCCUGAUUGUUGUGUCUCCUCUGCUCUGAUCCGUUCAUCCUUCUCUCUUUGCCAAUAUUUUAAAACGCACCCGCUGGGCAGAUAACACUAGUGACAACUAAACGCUGCUCGUGGCCCACACAAGGAACUUAAGUAUGUAUUCAAUUGGAGGAGUGUCGACGCGUAUCUACAAGGAACGCUUGCAGGCAGAAGGGAUGGGAACUAAUGACAAUGCGGUCAAGUUCCUGAGCCAGGACUACGAGGAGCUGAAGAGAGAGUGUCUGGAGAGCGGCAAGCUGUUUGAGGACCCUUGCUUUCCCACCGUGCCUCAGUCACUGGGCUUCAAGGAGCUCGCGCCAAACUCCUCCAAAACACGCGGUGUGCAGUGGAUAAGGCCCACUGAGCUAUCAAACAAUCCUCAGUUUAUAGUGGGCGGAGCCACACGUACAGAUAUUUGCCAGGGGGCCCUAGGUGACUGUUGGCUGUUAGCUGCCAUUGCAUCCUUGACUUUAAACGACAGGCUGCUUCACAGAGUUGUACCUCAUGGACAAAGCUUUACGGACGAGUAUGCUGGCAUCUUUCACUUCCAGUUCUGGCAGUUUGGCGAGUGGGUGGACAUUGUGAUUGAUGACCGUUUGCCUGUGAAGGAUAAAAAGCUGAUGUUUGUUCACUCAGCAGAGGGAAAUGAGUUUUGGAGUGCCUUGCUGGAAAAAGCUUAUGCCAAGCUGAAUGGCUCAUAUGAAGCACUGUCUGGAGGUUCCACCAUCGAAGGCUUUGAGGACUUCACAGGUGGAGUGGCCGAGAUGUAUGAACUGCGUAAAGCUCCUAAAGACUUGCACCGCAUCAUUGCCAAAGCCUUGGAGAGAGGCUCACUGUUGGGCUGCUCUAUUGAUAUCACCAGUGCCCUGGAUAUGGAGGCCGUAACCUUUAAGAAGCUGGUGAAGGGGCAUGCAUACUCCGUCACAGGUCUCAGAGAGGUGAAUUUCCGUGGCAGCAAAGAGAGGCUGAUCCGCAUCCGAAACCCUUGGGGGCAAGUUGAAUGGACAGGGGCUUGGAGUGACAAUUCUUCUGAGUGGAAUGGGAUUGAUCCAGCAGAGAGAGAGGAAAUGAACAACCACAUGGAGGAUGGCGAGUUCUGGAUGUCAUUUCAGGAGUUCAAACGUCAGUUUUCUCGUCUGGAGAUCUGUAACCUCACGCCAGAUGCUCUGAGUGAAGAUUCUCUAAAUUUCUGGAACACAAUUAAGUUUAACGGCACCUGGAGGACAGGAAGUACAGCAGGGGGCUGCAGGAACCACCCCAACACAUUCUGGAUAAACCCUCAGUAUAAGAUCACACUGCUGGAGGAAGAUGAUGAUCCUGAGGAUAAUGAGGUGACCUGCAGCUUCCUGGUGGCCUUGAUGCAGAAAGACAGGCGACGUUUCCGCAAGCAAGGGCAGGACAUGCACACCAUUGGCUUCGCCUUAUAUGAGGUACCAGAAGAGUUUCGUGGUUCCCAGAGCGUUCACCUCAAGAAGGACUUUUUCUUGCGCCGCACAUCCUGCGCACGCUCAGAAACCUUCAUUAACCUGCGGGAAGUCAGCACACGACUGAAGCUGCCACCUGGCGAGUAUCUCAUAGUGCCUUCAACUUUUGAGCCUGGAAAAGAGGCCGAUUUCGUGUUGCGAGUCUUCACUGAGAAACAGUCAGAAACUCAAGAAAUGGAUGACGAGAUUUCAUUUAACCUGGAAGAUGAACCGGUUUCAGAGGAGGACAUGGAAGACUCUUUUAAAAAACUAUUUGCACAGCUGUCUGGAGAGGACAUGGAGAUUUCAGUUCACGAGCUCAGGAACAUUCUGAACCGAGUGGUUGGGAAACACAGAGACUUAAAGACAGAUGGGUUCAGUUUGGAGUCGUGUAGAUGCAUGGUCAGCCUGCUGGAUAAGGAUGGCAGUGCACGGCUGGGAAUUGUGGAAUUCCGGAUUCUAUGGAAUAAAAUCAGGAAGUGGUUGGGCAUUUUUAGACAGUUUGAUCUGGACAAAUCUGGCACAAUGAGCUCGUAUGAAAUGCGCCUCGCUGUGGAGUCAGCUGGUUUUAAACUCAAUAACAGGCUACAUCAGAUAAUUGUGGCGCGAUAUGCUGAUGGAGAUACGAUAGAUUUUGAUAACUUUGUCUGUUGCCUGGUCAAACUGGAGGCCAUGUUCAGUACGUCAUUUACACAUAUAGUUCUCUUUUUGCAAAAAAAAGGCGAUAUAUUUUGA